AUGAGAGGAAGAGAGCAUAGGCGAGGCUUUUCCCCUGAUCAUAGAUGCAAGCCGUAUUCCCGUUAUGAGUAUAAAACUCGUGAUCAUGGGGGAAAUAUGACUUGGCGGGAGAAGGCUGGAAACAAGACAAGAAGAGGUAAUGGAAUGGAGAAAGAUGAGAGUACAGGGGAGGAGCUGGACUGUGCUGAAUCAUCUAAAGGGAUUGUUCCAUAUGAACAACCAGAAAACGAUACAUAUCCGGCUGGUGACCUUCGUUGCCAAGGCAGUGAUGGUAUAAAGGGUGACCAAAAAAACAACAGCAAGCGUGUGGGGAGCAUGAUUGUGUCGUCUCCCGAGUUUAGACAUCUAACAAUGGAGGAAAAUGUCACUAUCAGAAGCAGGAGUGUGGCGAGAUCCUUGGCUUAUUCCCCAAACAAUCAGGAAAAUCCACUUCGCGGUGAGCAAAGGAUUGACGCUUUGAAUGACAUGGAUGCUCAGGAAGAAAAUGAGGGCCACAUGAUGGAUGUGGAUGAGUUUGUUGAUGAUGGAUAUGAAGCCAAAGAAAGCAGAGUUCCUCCGUCGAGGUUCUCCACGAUUAAGAUCAUCAGCUACAACCAAUCAGAAGGAGAAGUCAAAGUAUUCUGA